AUGUUGUGUCUGUCUGUGCUCCUCUUAUUGAUGCCUCUUGUCUCCAGCAUGUCCCGCAUGCCCAACCAAGCGAGGGCCGUCAACACCACAUCGAUUAGGGGCCGAGAGGGUUCAAUCACUGCGGGACAGUACUCACUGCUUAAUAAUCUCUGGGGCGAGGCCAAUGCUACCUCUGGCUCCCAAACCUCCCAGCUCACGUCAACGAGUAAUAGUACUAUUGCCUGGAAGACGAAUUGGACUUGGACUGGUGGUAUGCGUAGCGUCAAGAGUUUUGCCAAUAUACAGCUUAACAGCGGCAUCAAUCAACGACUGAACGCCAUUUCCAGCAUGCCUUCUACCUGGCACUGGUCUCAGUCGAGCACAGGAAGGGUCGAAGCAGACGUCGCCUAUGACCUGUUUACAUCUGACACAGCUGGCGGCUCAAAUGUAAACGAAAUCAUGAUCUGGCUUGCAAACUUCAACUGGGGACCACUUUCUGCGCAAUACAACGCUACGGGCCACCCUGUCCCAAUUUUAGAAGGCAUCUCGAUACUAGGUGACACCUGGGACUUGUACUCUGGACCCAAUGGACCCACCCAGGUUUACUCGUUUGUUCUGGCUAGCGGUACGAUCGAGAACUUCAAGGGCGACGUUUACAAAUUCCUUUCGUACCUAAUUGACGACGAGCAUAUCAGCUCUUCACAGUAUCUUACCACUGCUCAGGCAGGCACAGAGGCUGUGUCUGGAACGGCCACAUUUACGACGUCUGUGUAUAGUUUGACCAUCAAUUAA